UUGUGGCAGGCCUGCUUUGCGUCAUUCGCUCCAGCUGUUUUGGGUACGCCAUUUGAGAAUCGUAUUUUCGAAAUAGGUUGAGUUAAAUGUUAAUCGUUUAAAAUCCUCGUCAUCCUGUUCGUAAAGUGAUUUAUUCAGAAUGAGUGCUGGUAUGCCGGAGAUUGGCUCCAAAAUAAGUCUAAUAUCGAAAGCCGAUAUCCGGUACGAAGGACGAUUAUUUACAGUAGACCCCAAAGAAUGUACAAUUGCCCUAUCUUCCGUUCGCUCAUUUGGUACUGAAGACAGGGAGACGCCUUACCCCGUCCCUGCCCAGAACCAAGUCUAUGACUACAUUUUAUUCCGCGGCUCUGACAUCAAAGAUAUUCGAGUUGUGAAUAAUGUUGCUCAACCUCUUAACGAUCCGGCGAUUAUGCAGCUGUCGGUUCCUCCAACAUUGGGACAGCAGCAGUUCCAGAACCAUCCGAUGAUGGGGCACCCCCUGGGGCCCCAAAUGGGACAAUUUGCGUCGGGUUAUGGAGCGAUGGGUUCAAUGGCAGGUCUGUCGAGUGGCAUGGUACCGGGUAUGGGUAUGUCGAGAGAUCCCAGAGGUCUCGCUGGUAAUAAACCAAAUGAUUUAAUUAUACCGGGUACGGAACAACCACAAGUCCUAUCUCCUGCAGUUGAACCGCCUCGACCAAGCGAUCACGGAUCUCUUUUAGACAUAAUCGGAGGCGGUUCAAGGAGUACGACACCAGCUAGUUUAAGGUCGCGUAAAUCCCCCACUAACGAUCAAGGUACACAAGCUGGUGGAGCGGGUAAACGAGAUGACAAGAAGACUCCGAAACCAAUUCAACCCCCAGGUCAACGCAAUCAACAGAGGAAAAGUACUUCACAAGAAAGGAAGAAUUCAAGAGGAGAUGGCCCACAGGAUUAUCAAAGAAAUCAAAAUAGGCAACCUCAAAUGCGCACACAGAAUCAAGGAGGACCCCAAGGAUCUCAUCUCGGCCCGCAACAAAUCACCCAACAAAGGGGCGGUUGGACAAAUCGCGGUCCUAUGAGGCAGAGGGGAAGGCCAAGAGGAGGCUUCAAACCUAAUCAAGGACAGCCGACACCAGGAAAUAAAGCAAAGAAUACUUUGAAGUUUGAAAAUGAUUACGACUUUGAACAAGCGAAUACGGAAUUUGAAGAGUUGAGGAGUCAGUUAGCUAAAGUAAAAGUUGAAGAAACUAGUAAGACUGAAUUGAACGGUGAUGUAGACAAAAAGGAUGAUUCAGGCAACGAAACGGGCGCCGGAGAAAAUGAGCCUGAAGAAGAACACGAAGUUUACUAUGACAAGAGCAAGUCUUUCUUUGAUAAAAUUUCAUGUGAGGCUGUGGAACGUGCGAAGGGCAAAUCACAGCGAACGGAUUGGCGUACGGAACGCAAACUUAACUCCGAAACUUUUGGAGUUGCCGCAACUCGAAGAGGAAAUUUCCGAGGUCGCGGAGGAUUCCGAGGCAUGGGAUACAGGGGAGGAUACCGUGGGGGUUUCAGGCCCCAACAGCGUAGAGAUCAACAACAACAACAACAACAAGGCAAUCGACCCGGUCAGAACCAACAAAACGACGUGCAAAGACCAACAACAAACAGCCAACCUCCGGCGUCUGUGCCUGCGGCGACAGGAAAAUAAAGUACUAACUGAUCUGACUAGAUAAACAAACAUAAACAGUUGCUGACACAGGAACAUGGAGACAUGACUGGUUUAAUUUAUUGGGGGAAGGAUGUGGAUUUAGUUAACUGUGAACUGUGAUUAAAAGUACUUGAUUAUUUUGUAAAUUGAUUUCGGAGUCAAGCGUGAAUUGUACGAAAAGCAAUGCUUCUUUUUGAGUUUCCUGGUGUCAGUAUUAAAGUAGGUUAGUUAAGGUGUACCUUAAGUGAUAAAUAUUUUAUUUUAUAUAUAAAAAAGGGCAGAUAAAAAAAUUUUAGUAAUGUAUAUUUUUACUGCCAAUAGAAAUUAAUAUUAAUUUUUUAUAUUUCUUGUAGCUUUAUAUGGUUAGAACAAUGUUUUUUUCUUUAAAUUAUACACUUAAUUUUUAUUUUUAAUCGGGUCAAAAUAAAAUUCUAAUCAAUUGUUCUAACUGGUUGUAAUAAUAUAAUUUGCCAAAUGGUUGUUGUAAUUUAUUACUGAUUAUUACUGUUGUCAUAGACUUUGUAAUAUUAAGAAAUUUUGAAAUAAACAACUCUUCAAAAAUA